UUUCAUAUGUUUUUUUGUAGUUUGAAAUCUCUAUUUAAACAAACGUCUAAAAAGCAGCACUAAUUGAUAUUUAGCUAAAUUGAUAUAAUUUAAAUGUGAACAUGUUAUUACAAUGUGAAUAUCACUGCAAUUAAAUAUUUUCUUUUACCUGCAGGCAGCAUUUCUGGUAUUAUUUUAUAAAAAAUAAUGCCAAUUGUUAUUUCAUGGCGAAGCUUUCUCGCAAUAAGCGCUUUUCUGGUCUGCAUGUAGCCUACUCGUUGAUUGUGAUGGUAAUCUACCCAAUCUGGCAACCCUGGGAAGCACUUUUGUGUGUUUUCCCACAUGUGGGAGUCGCAUGAAAUUGGACACUUUCUUGAGUGAGAAGGACGCUUGACGAUGGAUUGAGGCAAGAAUAUGUUUGCUCUGUACACAUAAUUUGCAGAAACGUUACGCAGGUCUGGUGUCCGUGUAGCGCGACAACAAAAAACGAAAUAUCUUUUAGCUGACGGAUCUUGGCUCUGCUCAGUCUCCACAGUGAGAGCAUCAGCUCGAACAAGAACCUGCGGCUUCAGCACCCACUUGACUCCGAUUGCUGCUCCAAACGCAUGCAACUUCUCAUGUAAGAUGCAGUCUGCAACAAAUAUUAGAGACAGAUGUGGGAACUGAAAAAGUGAAAAGUGGGUUGUGAAUGGAGAACAAGGCAAUGUAUCUGACCACCAACAGUGAAGAUAGGGAUAACAGCUCAUUUUAUGAGGAGGGCUACGAUGGGAUGCAUCUAUCAAAACUCAACCUAUGUGAAGAAGUUGGUUCUUCAAAGUACAGGAGAAAGACAUAUAAUUGCUGUGGUCAAUCGGAUUCCUUCACUGCAAUCAAAUAUGCCAUUGUGUCCCUUUAUAUUCUGGUACUGCUCACCAUAUUUGGCCUCUGCAUAGCAGUAUCAAAAUCCCAUGCAUCUUCACAGAGGGAGGAAGCACUGCUGGAGAAUAUGACUCGUCUGGGAGAGCACACUGAGACCUUGCAGAGAUCUCUCAGCCAACUCCCCUCCCAAAGCGACGACCUUCUGGAGAACAUCUGGAAGCUUGAGAGCCUCUUCCAUAAUCAUAGCGAACAGCUGCAACAGCUUGGGCGACUAGCACAGGGCUUGGAGCGUGACAUCAAAGAUCUGCAGGCUUUCUCCGAGCACACCACUGACUCUGUGGCUCAACUCUGGGAACAUCUAGCCAUGAUCAGUCAUUCUAGUCAAAGGAACAGCAGCAGUCUGGGAGAGGAGUUGGCCAUUGCUGCUGGCUCUAUCCGAACACAGGAUGCAGUUUUAAAGACAAUGGAGGUAAACGUAGAGACUCUACAGGAGCGUCUGAAGGAGGUGGGGUGGACAGUGCAGACAUUAAACCAUUCACUUAGUGGAGAUUUGAGUCUGCACCAGGUGAAAAUCUGUGAACUACAGGAGAAGAUUGUAAAUGUGUCCCAUGAUGCCACAACCAUGAGGAUCACACAAAUACACCUUGAGGAACAGAUCAGGAAUGAGAUUGAAAUCCUAAACGUCAUCACUGCAGAUCUGAGGCUAAAGGAAUGGGAGCACUCCAUGGCACUCAAAAAUUUAACUGUAUUACAAGGACCCCCGGGACCAAAGGGUGAAAAGGGUGAUGUGGGGCCCCUGGGACCAGCUGGACUUCCUGGUUUGACGGGAAUAAGAGGCUUGUCAGGAGAAAAGGGCAUUCAGGGUCCUCGUGGACUGGCAGGAAAAGGUGGGCAGGAUGGUCACAAUGGAGAAAAAGGAGAGAUUGGACCUGAGGGACCAAAAGGUAUGAGAGGAGAAAGAGGCCAGAAAGGAGAGAAGGGAGAGCGUGGAGACAAAGGAGGGAAAACAGUUGAAGAAACUCUCGUACGGCUUGUGAACGGCUCCGGGCCUCAUGAGGGUCGAGUGGAAGUGCUGCAUGAGCUUCGAUGGGGGACGGUGUGCGAUGAUGUUUGGGACAUAAACGAUGGAGACGUUGUGUGCAGGAUGCUGGGCUACCGUGGUGCCAAAGAAAUCCACAAAACAGGCCGCUUUGGACAAGGCACUGGGUUAAUCUGGAUGGAUGAUGUUGCUUGUGUUGGUACUGAAGACUUUAUUCACCAGUGUAAGUUCUCAGGAUGGGCGAAAACCAACUGUGGUCAUGUAGAAGAUGCAGGAGUGACCUGUAAUAUAUAGCCUGUUUCAAGUCUGUAGGAUGGACAAUUAACCUUUAAGUGUGGAUGAUUUACUGCAAGUUCAGAGGAAGCAGUGUUGUGUCACUCUACACAGCAGAAGACUCAUGAACUUAUGAACUGUGGGAGAGUAGGAGGCCCUCGAGGUCAGACACAGGGUCAACAUAUACCAGCGAUGAACACCCAAAUACUCCAGCCAUAUCCAUCAGACAGGGAUAAAAACCAUAUCCCGCAUCUAAUAGAAAAGUGUGUGUGUGCUCUAUGCUGCUGCUUGUGUUUGUGUGUGUUUAUAAUAUAUAUAUAUAUUUUAAUGAAAGCCCAGCUGCAGUUUACAUUCUGUACAGAUAGAUGCAUUUAACUUUCCAAAGACUUUUAUGAAGACAUUUUUGAAUGCUAGUAUAUUUUUUAUAACAUUUAACUCAUAAAGUAUUUAAAAGGCUUGUGGGUAGUUGCAAAUGUGCCUUUAAACUAUAACUUUGACCAUGACAUGGUCAGCAAUUGUAUACCUCAAUUACAGUCUGUAUUCAUUGUUCAGUAGCUUCAUUAUAACACUAAACUACUGUAUCAGUAUUGGUAAUCUUGAUUGUACAACAAUAAAUUAUUUACCGAUUGUAGUGAUGAAUUAUCCAGUGUGUGAAUAAUGAAAAUGAUACAACGAAAUAAAAUGUAUAUUAUAAAUCA